AUGGAGUCUCUGAACGCCGUGGAGCUCCGGGAGCUGCAGCGCCGCGGCGGCUCGGCCAGCGGGGGGCGCUGCGCCGCCGGAGGCUUCGAGAACGUCUCCUACCAGCAGGACGAGGAGUCGGACGAGCCGGGACCGGCUGCGACCCGCGUCUGUCCACCCAGAACCAGCACGCUGCAGGUUUCUCCAGAGUCGUGUGACGAUGAGGACGGCGGCGCCGCCAGAGGAGGAGGAGGUGAUGAAGGUGUGGGCCUGGCGGCGCCGGGCCCGGCUGACGGCCGCUCUGCGGACCUGGGCUUCGUGGUGGCGCUGGUUCUGCUGGUGAGCGGCAUCGUGCUGGUGGCGGUGGCUUACACCGUCCCCCGGGACGCCGGCGUGGAUCCGGACUCGGUGUCGGCCCGGCAGAUGGAGAAGCUGGAACUGCACUACGCCCGGCUGGGCUCGCACCUGGACAGGUGCAUCAUCGCCGGGCUGGGCCUGCUGACGCUGGGAGGGAUGUUCCUGUCCGUCCUGCUCAUGGUCUCCAUCUGCCGGGGCGAGAUGUACCGCCGCCGCGCCGCCUUCGUUCGGCCCAAAAGGACCUACGGCUCCAUCAACCUGAGGAUGAAGCAGCUGGCGACAGGAGAGGCGGAUGGAGACGGGGUGGAGCGGGUUCUGGUGGAAAACACACAACCAGGGUCCAGCCAGGACCAGAACUCAGAACCAGAACCGAGCAGAACGCCAGCUGCUGCUUCAGCUGCAUGUGGAGUUUAG